CAACAAUACUUAAAGGAGCGUCAGAAUUCUAUAUUAAAUGUUUAUUGUGUUUUAGUGACUACAAACUUGAAUUAAGUUAAAGUAUUUCUUUUUGUUAUUCAAGAUAAAAGAGAAAACUAAUUUCUUUAAAAUUUGAAAUUCUAUCUUUUCUAUUCAACUAAGUGCCUCAGAAAUAUAAAGGAAUAAUCAUUCUUUCAAUUGAAAAUAUGUGUUGUUAAAGAAAUUAAUAGUGUUGGAAAUGGUUAUUGAAGAUUAAUCAUAAGAUCUACGCGUAGUUUGAAUAUUAAUUGUUUGUUGUGACAUCAAAUUAACACUUUAAGAUGGGAUGUACUUGUGAAAAGAUUUGGAGGAGAAAACAUUCUAAAAUUGGUCAUAAAUGUGACAGUUUUGAUUCUCCGCCAAAUUUGACAGAUGCUCAGAAAGCAGUUAUUCGGAAUAAUUGGCAAAUUUUAAAAUGUCAUGUGGCAAAUAUUGGAGUUAUAACAUAUGUUGGUAUGUUUGAAAGCAGGCCAGAGCUAUUGGAAGUAUUUUCAAAGUUCAAGGGGAGAGACCUCGACGAAUUACGACGCGCCGGUCUUCUCCGUCAACAUGCACUUCGGGUAAUGGCUACAAUUGACAAAGUGAUUACACGACUUGACGAGCCUUCCAGUUUAAAACAGAUGCUCAGGGAGGUGGGAGAACACCACAAAGUAUAUAAAGUGCCUCCUGAUUAUUUGCAGGUCAUUUUGCCACAUUUCUUGAAUGCAAUCAAACCCCAUAUCGAGGAUGAUUGGUGUGAUGAUUUAGAGGACGCGUGGAAAACUAUGUUCGCUGUUAUCUUGUAUCAUAUGAAAGAAGGAUAUAAUGAGACAAACCACAAUCAAAGACAUUACAUCGUUGAAUCGUAACAUAUAAAAUGUAUGCAUUCAAACGAUCACCUAGAAAAUGAGAUUGACAAUUUUAUCAUCAUUUCAGUAUUAAAAUUGUGUACAGCAAAUAUGUGACAAUCAAGACAAGUGAAUGAUCUAUUAAUGCAUUUUCUAUAUGUCAGUGAAUAAUCCUUUC